GUCGUUUUUGAUGGAUACAGCGACGAGUAUAGUGGAAUAAAAUCGUACGAGAGAUACUGCCAACGUCACGAAGAUAUGGCACCGGAUAUCGAAUUCAAUGAAAGCACAUUCGUCACUAUGAACCAGAAGAAAUUUCUCUCAAAUGUGAAGAACAAAAUGAAACUGGUGCAGAUGCUUUCGGAGUAUUUAGGUAGAUACGGUCUCAACGUGAAAGUUGCACAAGAAAAUGCGGAUGCGCUUAUAGUGAAAACAGCGAUAGAGCUGAAACAAACUACGGGCCGCGAAGUAGCGCUUGUUAGUACUAACACCGACCUGCUGGUUUUAUUGAUUGGUUUGUCAGAUUCCAGUCCUCUGUAUUUUUACAAAAUCAUGCCAGGUGGUAAAAUAAAUACUUUGUAUUCUACAGWAGACCACGCACAUCUYAAMCCGUAUAUUUUAUUUGCCCACGCAUUCGGAGGAUGUGACACGACGAGUGCMUUCAACGGCAAAGSAAAGAAGMACRUCRUCUSCAUUCUACAAAAGAAUAAAAAUCUGCAGACCGCUGUAAAACUGUUCUACAACGCUGCAAGUUCGAUAGAAAGUCUAUGUAAAUGUGCAGAACAAAUAAUAGCACAUUUAUACAGCUUCAAAAAUCCGAGUCAGUCGCUCAGUGAUGCUCGGUACGAAAAAUUUGCAUCACUGGACGUCCAGACCAAUGUGGAAAUUCGGUUGGCGGCCUUACCUCCAACGCAACCUGUCCUGCGAGAACACGUGAAACGCACGUUUUAUCAGAUGCAAUCAUGGUUGGGAAACAACUUAGAUGCACAGGAAUGGGGCUGGAAGCGAACCACCACAAUGAUGAUUCCUGUCAUAAAUACUAAAAAUUCAGCGCCCGACGAAUUGUUGAAAAUGGUGCAAUGUACGUGCUCGGAAGCCAAUAAAACUUUACGGUGCAGYUGCCAAAAAACUGGACUAGUUUGCCCUCAAUUGUGCGAAUACUGUGGAGGUCAAUCGUGCUCCAACUUUUCAAUCAACACAGUCGUGGAUUCAAGAGAGAUUCAAGCAGAAGAAAGAGAGGAGGAUGACGAGAAUAUCUCAAGAAAUGAAUUCCUCGAUAUUGACGAAGAAUUGGACCCCCCCGAAGAUAUUCAUUAUGAAGAAUGUGACCAAAAACAGCAAGAAGACUUUAUAAAAAUCGAAUACCCUUUUGGAUUGAUGUAGAUAAGUAAAUAGAUUUUGUGUUUAAUAAAAACUACGUCUCAUCUUUUUUCGGUAAAUGUUCAACCCAGCCUUGAGUGAAACAUAAUUUUCAUUUUAUGAAGAAAUUACCUUGUACACUUAAAAAAGAUAAAACCAUUUAAUUUCUUUAUAAUUUCAGAAAUACUAAAAUUUAUUGUUAUUUACACUGUUCGCGACUAGCUUUGCCUUCAUUAUAUUCUACAAAGAAUACAAAAUUA